AUGGAUUUCUGGAGAAAUUCAGACUGGCGUUUUUUACGUUUUCAAUUGUGUACUUUAGGUGUAUGGCCUUUUCAAAAAUCAAUUCUCCAAAAGGCGAUAGGGUUCUUUGUUAUUCUGUCUGUCCAAAGCAUUACCUUACCAGAGGUUAUUAAAUUCACAUAUAUUUGGCGUGAUAUGGAAGAGUUUGCUGAUUGUUUUCCACUAAUAGGAAUCCAUUGUGUGUGUACUGUUAAGUGGAUGUGUUGUGUUGUAAAUAUGGAUAAGAUUAUAGCUUUGCUCAAUGUAAUAAAAUCAGAUAAUCUAUCUGCAGAAUUGACUGAGGAUGAGCACCAGAUUUUACGAGAUACCGGAAGGUUAAACCGACUAUUUGUUCUUGCUUAUUCGAUUUGGAUUUACGUGAUUGCAAUACUUUUUUUGGUUUUCGUACCAUUAAUACCUUCAACAAUGGACUUUUUUAUGCCCCUCAAUGAAUCACGGCCAAAAAUCGUAAUAUAUCACACUGAGUAUCUAUUCGACUCUGUUGAAUAUUCAUGGGUAAUAUUACUCCAUCAGUGUAUAAUAAGUCCAUUUCCAACAAUAAUAAUUAUCGCAACCGGAUCACUAUACUGUAAUUGUUGUCAGCAUGCUUGUGGUAUGUUCGAAGUAAUAGGUUACAGGCUCAAAAAUCUUGACAUGACGAUCAAAGAAACGAUGAAUGAAAAAAAUUUAGGUUAUCGCACUAAUAAUGAAAUUUUCUUCAAAUCCUUAAGAACAUGUGAACAAAUGCACCAAAAAAUGCUCCAAUAUGUUGAAAAAUUUCAGGAUAUUUAUUCAGUUACUUUAUGCUUUUCGAUGACUAUAAGUAUAAUUACACUGUGUAUUACCGGCUUGCAAGCUAUAAUAAAAAAAGACGAAUUUUUUGAAGUAAUAAGAUACGUAACUUGUGGUCUAGCAGAAAUAGCAGAUGUUUUUAUUCUCUGUUGGUAUGGCCAAAAAUUAAUAGACAGCAGUGAUUAUUUAUAUUUUUGCGCAUGUCAAACCAAUUGGUACAAAUAUUCAGCUAAAUCACAGAAAAUGUUGAUUUCAAUGAUUGUUAAGUUGUCAACACCCUGUUCUAUAACAUUGGGUAAACUUUAUCGUGUAUCCUUGGAGUGUUUCAGUACAAUAAUGAAAACAACAAUGUCAUAUUUCACAGUCAUAAAUUCUCUGAGAGAGGAAUAG